UAAAGUUAAUUCGUUGGCCCAUUCUUCAAUGAAAGAUUAGUUGAGGGCAAAGGGCGCCUGAAAACAUUGGCGACUGCUGCUUUUAUACGACCUUAGUAUUCUUCUCCAUUUCCUUUGUUCUCACAUACGUUAAAAACGCAGGAAAAAUUUCCUUGGAAUAUUCAAUAAACGUAUGGGUCUUGAGCUCUACGGCCGCCAUAGCCCCUAAACUCCUGCAUGAAAAUUAGAAUUUUUCCUUCUACCUGUUCCAUUACGGCCUUAGUUUAGCCUACCUCCUGCGUAGUUUUUGUCCAAAAAGUAUUCUGUAUGAGCUGAGGAUUUAGAGAAUGGGGAAGCAUAGACAUGUUGAUGAUGAACUGGAAGGUAAGCAGCCGGGCUGCGUGUGGGGAUUAGUCCAUGCCCUCGACUAUCAUCAUUGGCAUUCCAAUGGCCGAAAAAUGAUCCAUCGCCAAAAAUAUGAAGAUCAAAGACAGUCAAAAUUUUCUGCAGCUUAUGGAAGUUCAAAAACAAAAUUGUUUGAAUCUGGCGAAGUAGAAAAGCUUUUAAACGAGCAAGAGAGCAAAUUUGUUAGUGAUAGAAGUUCUCGCUUGACCAACAGACAAUCUCUAAAAGCACGCAUAAAAUCACUGGUUGCUGAAGGGAAUUCCAAAAAAGAGGAGAAUAGUUUCUCGGUCCCAUCAAGAUUGCAGCGAACUUAUUCAAUUCACCAUCUGGAAUCUGCAGAUGGCGGUCUUCAUAAAAUACUCACGGACUGGAAACAUCCUAUCAUUUUCCUUCCUGACAAUGGUACAACUCAAUCAUUGGAUACGUCAAAGAAGGCUGCUUUCGAACAGCAAGAAGUUAAUAAUGAUCAAUUCGUGAAUGGUGCCGAAGAGGGUGAAGAUGUUCUUGAGAUGUUUAAGGUAGAUAAGGACUUAUUUGUAAAAACUGUAAAAGGCUCGGAUAAAAGCAGCAAGGAGUUCUCUGAUAGUCCUCUGGCCUCGAAUAAAACAGUAAAAUUGAGCAAAUCGAAAUCCUUCCCCGCUGCUGAUUUGUUGCAAAGGAGAAAAUUAAAGCCUAGUAAACUCGAGCACAAGAAGAAUGAAAUUUGGUCAUUCCGUGAAGGAGACAGGUUGCGAGCUUUUCAUCAAUCACCUCAGUUGGCUCAUUCAGAGAAGGAGAUUGUUGAAAGACAGAAUGAGACGAUUGCCAGCGGUACCGAUGAAUAUAACAUUAGAAAAAGUACGAGCAUUCACCGCAGAAGUUCUUCACUGAAUGAAUCAGUGGAUAAAUAUGCUUCGUUGUUUGCAAGUACUUAUGGUGCAGAAGUCAAGCUACAUCCAUCUAGGAGCUUAAAGUCGAUAAAUGAAUAUGGCCAUGCUCCAAUACACUUCAGAAGGAUUCGCUCUCUAUCUCAGGUUGAUUAUUAUUAUUCUGAUCACAAAUUUGGAGUUCUGGGCAACGAUUUCUCAGCAGAUGGCACAAAUACGAAUGCAGAAGAAAGUAGUUCAUUUGGGGCUGGAGAGAAUGCACCACUUGAUUCAAAUGAGACAACCAAAAGCCAAGAAGAAUCAGUAAAUAAACAUAAUUGUAUGCAAAGAAUAGAAGACGAAGCCAGCUUAAGAUUGAAUUUAAGGCAUGAGGAUGGUUCUGUUUUGGAUGGUAGUGCAGAGGAAAUGGAUGAGUUAACAGUGGGCGAAAGUGAUUCCCACAGGGUCCUCGAGAUCUACCCCGAAAAGCUUCCAGAAAAACGUCAUAUCUCAGAUUCUAAGACAUCCUUGCGAGAAAUGGUAUCUCACCUCGUAGAUUUUGAAAUUUCCGAAGGUUUGGAUCGUGAACAUGAUCAUUUCUACCAGAAGAGUUCUUCGGUCGAAUCUCAUGAUCAGAAGAGUUUCUAUAUGGACUCGUCCUCAUCUUUCAACAGCACACUGAAUCUUGAGAAAAGUGGAUAUGCAGACACGAAUAACAAAUAUUUUGGACACGACAAUUAUCAGAAAGAGACUGAUUCUGACUUGUAUUAUGUGAAACACAUUCUUGAAAAAUCAGGCAUCGUUGAAAAUGCCUUCGACAUAACAUGGCAUUCAUCUGAUGAGCCACUGAGCCCUGAACUGUUUGAGGAAGUCGAGGCUUACUGGAACCACGAUCAAUCUCAAUUAACCGGUUGGCCAGACUUCUAUGGCUGUUGGCAUCAUCGACUGCUCUUUGAUCUGGUUAAUGAGGUGUUACUACAGAUAUACGAUAAAUCAUCUCUCUAUUAUCCGAAAGCAUUGUCUUCUAGUUGUUGUACUCGUUCAAUGCCAGUUGGAAAUCGCUUCAUUGAGCAGGUGAGCACAACCAUUGGCGCAUUGCUUAAUUUGAAGCCCGAGGAAAAGCAGAUACUGGAUUCUAUAGUCGCUUAUGAUUUGGCAAACGAUCACGGUUGGAUGAAUCUUCAGUUAGAAUCUGAGACUGUGGCACUUGACUUGGAGGACGUGAUUUUCAACGAACUUCUUGAAGAGGUUAUGUGCCCUUGAAUUUUAUCUCUCUAUCUCGAUUCCUGAUCAGUUUGGUACGUAAAACUUUUGUUCUAGAUUUACUGUGUAUUCGGUAGUGUGAUUCUGUAAGGGAGUAGCCACAAAUGGGCUACAACUUCGUUAAGCUUCCUGCAAGCAAAAAGUGUUCACGAAAAUUAAAGUUAUGAAGAAAAAAGUGGUAUUGGUUAAUGUGAAUAAA